AUGUCUCCAAGUUUCGUGUUUGCGUUGGCCGUGUGUGGGUUCGCGGCAAUCUGCUCAUUGCCUGUCACCAAUGCGCAGGCGCUCGUUUCUCCUUAUGAAUCAUCAGCGGCAGCGGACAGUCAAAAUGGGUGGGGUGCGUUAGGCGGUCUCUACGCACUACUAGCCCAGCACGACGCGCUGGGCGGCCACGCGCUCGCGCGCAAGUCUGUGCGCUCGCCGUCCCGCCGCCUGCGCUUUGGGCGCCGUUCCGACCCCGACAUGCCUCCUCAAGCUCCUUUGGACGAGAUGAAUGAACUGCUUUCUCUGCGCGAAGUUCGUACUCCCGUGCGCCUGCGCUUCGGCCGCCGAUCUGAAGAACGCGCUGUACCCCACAUUUUCCCCCAGGAGUUUUUAAAACAGGAGCAGGACCGUGCCGUACGUGCCCCUUCCAUCCGUCUCCGGUUCGGACGCCGAUCGGACAACAACAUGUUUCUACUCCCCUACGAAUCGGCCCUGCCUCAGGAAGUAAAAGCUAACGGCUCCGUGGAAGACGACAGACAACAGGAAUAA